AGGACGCUCUUCGGGCCCCGAUCCUGGCUUGGGUCCCUUGGCCACUCUCUCCCCGCUUCAGGAUGCUGCCCCCCUCCCGGACCCAGCUGGGGCUCUUCUUCAUCUUGCUCUGCCCCGCCAACAUCAUCGGGCUUUGGUGGGCAGUGGGAAGCCCAUUGGUCAUGGAUCCCAACAGCAUCUGCCGGAAGACCAAGCGGCUGGCUGGGAAACAGGCUGAACUGUGUCAGACGGAGCCUGAGAUUGUACAGGAAGUGGCCAAGGGUGCCAGGCUGGGUGUGCGGGAGUGCCAGUACCAGUUCCGCUUUCGCCGCUGGAACUGCACCAGUCACAGCAAAUAUUUUGGCAAGAUCUUACAACAAGAUAUCCGUGAGACAGCCUUUGUCUAUGCCAUCACAGCCGCUGGUGUGAGCCAUGCAGUGACCCAGGCCUGCAGCAUGGGUGAGCUGCUGCAGUGUGGUUGUGAGGCAACCCGGAGCCGAGCACCUCCUCUGCCCCCUGCCCUGACAGGGUCAGAAGGCUCUGCUUGGGAAUGGGGCGGCUGUGGGGAUGAUGUGGACUUUGGCUAUGAGAAGUCCCGCCAAUUCAUGGACGCCAAGCGCAAGCGUGGCAAGAGCGACAUUCGAACACUUAUUGACCUGCACAACAAUGAAGCAGGACGUCUGGCAGUGAAGGACCACAUGAGGACAGAGUGCAAGUGCCAUGGCCUUUCAGGUUCCUGUGCCCUACGUACCUGCUGGAAGAAGAUGCCCCCUUUCCGGGAGGUGGGUGAUCGCCUGCUUGAACGCUUCAAUGGGGCUUUUAAAGUAAUGGGUGGCAAUGAUGGCAAAACGCUCAUCCCUGUGGGCCGGAACAUCAAGCCACCAGACCGGCAGGAUCUCAUCUACUCUGCUGACUCACCUGACUUCUGUGUUGCAAAUCGCAAGACAGGUUCACUGGGCACACGUGGGCGAGUGUGUAACAGCACUGCCCUGGACAUGAGUGGAUGUGACCUGCUGUGCUGUGGACGUGGUCAUCGGGAUGACACACUACUCCUAGAAGAGAAUUGCCUUUGCCGCUUUCACUGGUGCUGUGUCGUGCAAUGUCGGAAAUGCACGGUGCGCAAAGAACUCAGCCUGUGCAUUUGAGGGACCAAGUAAAGGACACUGGACAGGGAUGGCACAGAGCACACAGAAGAGGAAUGUAUUCCACCUGCCACAAAACUGCAGAGACAGCCAAGUCUAAUCAAGCCCUUAUGGGGACGAGGGGAAUAAAACUGGUCUAGCCUGGAGUCAGAGGGCAGCCUGGAAGAGAGCCCAGAAACUGAUCCCAGACGUGGGCCAUCUUGGAACCUCAGCACAGAUUGUCUCCAAAUCUUUCCCAGCACUGGGUUAUAGCCUCUUGUAUGCAGGUCCUUGGCAUUCAGUGUCAAGCUAUGGGCUCCCAAAGGUCCCCACACUCCCGACCUGCCUGCUUGCCUGGACUCCUGAAAAAAAACAUGGAAACUGUGUCAGCUAUGUUCUAUCAUCACCAGCUCAUGCAGUCUGGCCCUUUGUGGGUUUUCCCUGCCUGUGGUGCAUGCACAGAUUGCUUGGAGAGAUGUGUUGAACCUCACUUAUUAAUGGACCUUUACUGUGAGAGAAGAGCAGAGAUUUCCAGAAUAGUCACUCCUAUGGCUAACAUGCUUCCUAUCAGCUGGGGCUGCCAUUUCUCUCUAUAUUAAUAAAGUUAUUUAAAACUGUCAGUGCUUUUUAUCCAAUGUUGAAAAAUGUAGUGUUAACAAGUGCAUUAAAUACACAUUAGUAACUUAAUUACUCAAUGAGUGAUAUGAAGGUGGGGUUUUUCUAGCAUUGCAGCAUCUUCAUUUGAAAAACAACAACAUGGGAGCAUGUCCUAAAG